UAAACAAAGCAACUGAUAAAGCAACUAAUAAAGUAGCAGACGAGGUAAUGGAUAAAGCAAUUGAUGAAGUAACGGAUAUGGAAUCGGAUAUGCUAACAGAUAUGACAACAGAUAUCAUGAGUGAAACUAAUGAAAUAAUCCCGCCAUUUUUCCCAUCUGUGUCUUUUAUGGCUAGUGAAGACGAAGUAUUGAGUAGUGAUGACAAUCUUGAAUUUGAAAUAAGCUACAAAUUAUUUAUCAAAACUGCAGAAGAAACAGCGUUGCUAGCAAAAUGGUUUAAGGAAUCCAUGUCAACAAUAGAUGAAUUUUUUUCAUCAAUUUAUAACCAAAUCACCAUGUUGAUAAAAAAUAAUACUCUCUUGCCAACUGAUUAUAGUAUAGCAUUUAAAAUGCAAAGAGAAACUGGCGCUGGGACCCAACUAGCUGAUGCGCAGGAUUUUAUAAAGUUUAAAGCCGAAUGUCUAAAACUAGCUGCCAAAAACAUUAAUAUAGAAAUUUACAUAACAAUUAUUCAAACAAAAAAAAAGAAUGCAAAUAAUGAAGAAAAAGAGUUCAUAGUUAAUUACAAAAAUAGCAAUAAGGUUUCACGUAUUUCUUCUUUAUCUUCACAUAACAAAUUAAUUGCUGAGAAUGUGCUAGAAAUUAGAACAGAAUAUCACUGCAAUAUACAUAACCGGCCUUGUCUAAACAAAGAAAGCAAUAAAGAUUUAUAUGUAGAAAUUACCUUUAUAAUGCUUUCAAUAUGGGCAACCUCCAACACAUCUACUUUUUCUCAUGCCAAGACAUCUAAAAAAUUACAUUCCUCUUCAUUGUCUUUACAAGCAUUACAAGAAAUCGCAUUACUACUGUUACAAGCAUCAUCAUCACCAACACCAUUACAAGCGUCAUUACAGGUGUCAUUACAAGCACUAUUUCAAGCACCAUUUCAAGUACCAUUUCAAGCACCAUUUCAAUCACCAUUUCAAGCACUAUUUCAAGCACCAUUAGCUUCAUUAUCCUCAUCACAAUCACUAUUUUUUUCGACUACUUUACCAAUGAUGGCUGAAUUUUUGAGAGAAAUAAACGAAAAUGAAGCAACUAAUUUCUACUAUCAAAGUUUCUUGCAUGAAUUUGAAAAACAGAAAGUUUCAGUAAAAAAUUUAGCAAGGUUACCUGAUAAAGCACUUAAGCUAUGUGGCAUAGAUGCAGUUGGUGCCUGA